AUGCUUCCUGAUGCAAACAAUGCAAAAUUUUUUGAAAGACAUGGUGUGGAAGGGAGUACGGAUAGCAAAGAAGAUUUAAUCCUGAGCAAAGCAGAGAAAAGGAACGCACGCAUAAGGGCCUAUCACAAGAUUCAAGAACUUCAGCAUCUUCUAAAAAUUGCCUACGGCACACUACAGACAACUGGGAGGAAUAACGGAGGAGGAGAAGAAGAUGUAAAAAAAGAACAAAGGGAUGUUGAGAAGGCUGUGAAGGAGCUGGAGGCUCAGCUGGAAUUCGAGCGAGUCAGGCGGGAGAAGCUGGAGAGCCAGCUGGAUGACUACCGUGCUGAGAUAAGCCACCUGAGAGAGAGACUGGAGGAAACCUGCAAGCCACCUGCAGCCCUGAAAACUGAAACUAUCUCCAAUCCUCACAAAGAGAAAAAGAAAGUAAAGAAGAAACCAGCCUGCAACUCUGGCAGAGUGUUUGUUUGUGAGACCGCGCUGAGGACUGAACAUCAGACAAGCGGCUGGAAGACCUGAGGAGGUAGUGGCAAUAUUUUAGACCGUGCAAAGUAUUUGCGAAGCCCAGUUCCACAGAUGUGCUGUGGUUCACUGAAUUUCAUUGAACUACUCUCCUAGUUUUCUGGCAUAGAAUAUACUGUUAGUUCACUGCAACAGCAUAAAAAACAAACCAAAACAACAAAAAUAAAAUAAAAUAAUAAAAAAACCCCACACUGUCAGACUUCUGUUCCUGUCCAGGUAAUAGUUAAGAGUUUUACAAACUGUAGCAUUUGAGAGAAAACUGCAGCCAUGUCAUGGGACCUCAGUCAGACGCAGCAGCCAUGUCAUGAGAGAAAACUGCAGCCAUGUCAUGGGACCUCAGUCAGACGCAGCAACAUGGUCCUGAAGCAGUGUCUGGGACGAGUACUUGCUGAACUGCGGGGACAGGUGCCAGGCCCCUCACUUUCCACCUUCAAGCCAUUCCUAAAUAAGCCCUGAAGCUAUUCCUUUGUGAGGUGCCAGAUAAACUGCAGCGGUGGGCCCCCGACUCUAAAUCAAGGCUGAGGAUGUCACUAGGUUACAGGGCAUGUUGUGGUUAGAAAUAGCAAUCCUGACAUCCCUGCCUAAAAAAACAUUUAAUGGCUUUACAUAUAAUACAGAUUUUUUUCUCUUAUCUGCAUGCUAUUGUGAAGUUAUUUUCCUUUGGAGCUCCCACCAUGCAUUAACAUUUUGGCUGUCUCUGUUCCAAUAAAUCUUUGUAUGAUAGACGGUAA